CGCCUCGCCGGCUGGUGGCUAUGAAGGCGGCGCCGGUGGAUGGUUGACCGUUGGCUUCAGGGUUGGGGGCCGCCGCGUGUGCGAUCGGCUCACCCAGGACCAGGGGGCGCGGACUGCUGCAGCUCAACCUGGAACCCACCGGCGAGCCCAGGCUCCGCCCGGCCAUGCCCGCCGGGAGCAACGAGCCGGACGGCGUCCUCAGCUAUCAGAGACCAGAUGAGGAAGCUGUGGUGGAUCAGGGUGGGACCAGCACAAUUCUCAACAUUCACUAUGAGAAAGAAGAGUUGGAAGGUCAUAGAACUCUGUAUGUGGGGGUUCGGAUGCCACUGGGCAGGCAGGGCCACCGGCACCACCGCACUCAUGGCCAGAAGCACCGGAGACGAGGAGGCCGGGGCAAAGGAGCCAGCCAGGGAGAGGAGGGGCUGGAAGCCUUGGCCCACGACACCCCAUCUCAGCGUGUUCAGUUCAUUCUUGGCACCGAGGAGGAUGAAGAGCACGUGCCUCAUGAGCUGUUCACAGAGCUGGACGAGAUAUGUAUGAGAGAGGGGGAGGAUGCCGAGUGGAAGGAGACAGCCAGGUGGCUGAAGUUUGAGGAGGACGUGGAAGAUGGGGGAGAGCGCUGGAGCAAGCCUUACGUGGCGACGCUCUCCCUGCACAGCCUGUUUGAGCUGAGGAGUUGUCUCAUCAACGGCACUGUCCUCCUGGACAUGCGCGCUAGCAGCAUAGAAGAGAUCUCAGACCUGAUCCUGGACCAGCAAGAACUGUUCAGCGACCUGAACGACAGUAUGAGGGUGAAAGUGCGGGAGGCCCUUCUCAAGAAGCACCACCAUCAGAACGAGAGGAGGAGGAACAACCUCAUCCCCAUCGUCCGCUCCUUCGCUGAGGUGGGCAAGAAGCAAUCUGACCCACAUUCCAUGGAUAGAGACGGUCAGACUGUUUCUCCUCAGUCUGCUCCAACUACGAAUCUGGAGGUGAAAAAUGGAGUGAGUUGUGAACACAGUCCUGUGGAUCUAAGCAAGGUGGACCUUCAUUUCAUGAAAAAAAUCCCCACUGGGGCAGAGGCCUCCAAUGUCCUGGUUGGAGAGGUGGACACUCUGGACCGGCCCAUCGUGGCCUUUGUGAGGCUCUCUCCGGCUGUGCUUCUCUCAGGCCUGACGGAAGUGCCCAUCCCCACAAGAUUUUUGUUUAUCUUACUGGGUCCAGUAGGAAAAGGUCAGCAGUACCAUGAGAUCGGCAGAUCCAUGGCCACCAUCAUGACAGAUGAGAUCUUUCAUGAUGUGGCUUAUAAAGCAAAGGAGCGAGAUGACCUCCUGGCCGGGAUUGACGAGUUCCUGGACCAGGUGACCGUACUCCCUCCGGGGGAGUGGGACCCGUCCAUUAGAAUUGAGCCACCCAAAAAUGUCCCUUCCCAGGAGAAAAGGAAGAUGCCCGGGGUUCCAAAUGGAAACAUCUGCCACGUAGAACCAGAGCCACACGGGGGCCACAGCGGGCCAGAGCUUGAACGGACGGGGCGGCUGUUUGGGGGCUUGGUGCUGGACGUCAAGCGGAAGGCUCCCUGGUACUGGAGUGACUACCGGGAUGCGCUCAGCUUACAGUGUCUGGCCUCCUUCCUCUUCCUGUACUGUGCCUGCAUGUCGCCUGUGAUCACCUUUGGGGGACUGCUGGGCGAGGCCACUGAAGGACGCAUAAGUGCAAUUGAAUCCUUGUUUGGAGCAUCCAUGACGGGGAUUGCUUACUCCUUGUUUGCUGGGCAGCCCCUCACCAUCCUGGGGAGCACCGGGCCAGUCCUCGUGUUUGAGAAGAUUCUGUUCAAGUUCUGCAAGGACUAUGCCCUCUCGUACCUCUCCCUGCGAGCCUGCAUCGGGCUGUGGACCGCCUUCCUGUGCGUCGUCCUUGUGGCCACGGACGCCAGCUCCCUCGUCUGCUAUAUCACUCGCUUCACGGAAGAAGCCUUUGCCUCCCUGAUCUGCAUCAUCUUCAUCUACGAAGCGAUAGAAAAGCUGAUUCACCUGGCGGAGACCUACCCCAUCCACAUGCACAGCCAGCUGGACCACCUUAGCCUCUACUACUGCAGGUGCGCGCUCCCGGAGAGUCCCAGCAACCGUACUUUACAGUACUGGAAGGACCGCAACAUCAUGACUGCAGACGUGAACUGGGCGAACCUGACUGUCAGUGAAUGCCAGUACAUGCAUGGAGAGUUCAUAGGAUCGUCGUGUGGUCAUCAUGGACCCUACACUCCCGACGUGCUCUUCUGGUCCUGCAUCCUCUUCUUCACCACCUUCAUCCUCUCCAGCACCUUAAAGACAUUUAAGACGAGCCGCUAUUUCCCGACCAGAGUCCGCUCCAUGGUCAGCGACUUCGCGGUCUUCCUCACCAUUUUCACAAUGGUGAUCGUUGACUUCUUGAUUGGGGUUCCGUCCCCAAAGCUUCAGGUUCCCAGCGUGUUCAAGCCGACGAGGGACGAUCGAGGAUGGUUCAUCAAUCCCAUUGGCCCCAAUCCCUGGUGGACGGUGCUAGCUGCCACCAUCCCGGCUCUACUGUGCACCAUCCUGAUAUUCAUGGACCAGCAGAUCACCGCCGUCAUCAUCAACCGGAAGGAACAUAAGCUCAAGAAAGGCUGUGGCUACCAUCUGGACCUGCUGAUGGUGGCCGUCAUGCUGGGUGUUUGCUCCAUCAUGGGCCUGCCUUGGUUUGUGGCUGCGACAGUCCUGUCCAUCACACAUGUGAAUAGCCUCAAGCUGGAGUCUGAGUGCUCUGCUCCUGGGGAGCAGCCUAAGUUCCUGGGCAUCCGAGAGCAGAGAGUCACAGGCCUGAUGAUCUUCGUGCUGAUGGGCUGCUCGGUCUUCAUGACGACUGUCUUAAAGUUCAUUCCGAUGCCGGUGCUCUACGGAGUUUUCCUCUACAUGGGAGUCUCUUCUCUACAAGGAAUCCAGUUCUUUGACCGCCUGAAGCUUUUCGGGAUGCCUGCAAAGCACCAACCAGAUUUCAUCUACCUGCGCCAUGUGCCGCUGCGCAAAGUACACCUCUUCACCCUCAUCCAGCUCACCUGCCUCGUCCUGCUCUGGGUUAUCAAGGCAUCGCCAGCUGCCAUUGUUUUCCCAAUGAUGGUCCUGGCCUUGGUCUUCGUCAGGAAAGUCAUGGAUCUCUGCUUCUCCAAGCGUGAGCUGAGCUGGCUGGAUGACCUCAUGCCUGAAAGCAAAAAGAAGAAGCUGGAUGACGCCAAAAAGAAGGCUAAGGAGGAGGAGGAGGCUGAGAAGAUGUUGGACAUAGGGGGUGAUAAGUUCCCCCUCGAAAGCAGGAAGUUGCUGAAUAGUCCUGGCAAGAGCAUCAGCUUCAGAUGUGACCCCUCUGAGAUUAAUAUAUCCGAUGAAAUGCCUAAAACCACGGUCUGGAAGGCUCUCAGUAUAAAUUCUGGAAAUACAAAGGAAAAAAGCCUCUUCAAUUGAGAGCCUCUGCUGGGGAAGAAGAUUUGGGCCACGAGGUGCCUCAGAGAAGUUCUGGUUUUCGAGAAAAUGGUGAGUCUCUCAGAGAAGAGCCGGGCUGAGUCUGGCCCCGUCCUUGGUCAUCUCAAAGCCAUCCACACGGAAGCAUUCAGUCACUCUCGGUGUGCGUUUUGGAGGAUGCCCAGCUCCCCUCACACCAGCAGCCAGGCGCCAGCGGGGGCACCGUCAGGCCGACUUCCUGCUGCCUCCUCUCCCCUUUCUUCCUUCUCUUCAGAACCGCCACCAUUAAAGAGCCAGCUUCCCAUUUUCAGACAAUUUCUCCAGUGCUCUCUGCUGGCCUAGUGAGCCACAUGAGUUCAUUCUGCCAUUGAGGAUUCCUUCUUGAGGUCCCUCUUCGUGAAUGGUGGCUUGGGGUGGUAGCAGAGAAGCCGGAGAGGGGAGGCUCCUGGGCCUGCGGCUAGCUGCAGGCUCCUGAGAAGCCUGGGCCUCGGUUCCAUUUCUACUUGGGAAGGGGUGCUGGUCAGACCAGACACUGUAGCAGGUCUGCUGUCUGAGGUCGGCCAUCCGAGCAUCAGCAAUGGCCACCACCAGAGCUGGCAAGAUGCUGCUGGCCUGGGGUCAUCCAUAUCACUCCCCAGAAGCAGUCAGUACAAGGCCAUGAGACCCUUGGAAGAACAGGGCCAAGUGUGAGAGCGGGAGCUCAGCUGAUUAAAGGAAAGGCCUCGGGGACACCAGCGAAGUAGGAGGAUGAACGUCUUUCCUUGGGUUGGCUUCCUUGAGGAAGAAGGACCCUGCUAGCCGAGGAAUUAAUCUAGAGACCAGGGAAGACUCCCUCACCUGGGGGUUUGUUACCAGGUCUGUUUGUAGCCAUCUAGGAACGAUCUGAUACCAGUUGUUCGUGGGUAGGAAGGUGAAUCUGGGGUUGGUGGCUGUUUUGUGGGACUGUUUUGUGGGACUGUUUGACACUCGGCUGCUGUGUCUUGAGGCUGCAUUGCCCCUUCACCCUGGAGAAACCCAAGUGCUCACGGACAUCUCCUUAGCUGCCUUGGUAGCGAACUCCAUCAUCAUCACUCAGUGGAUCAAAACCGCCUUCAGCCAUGUGGCUUCCUCGCCACAGAUUCCUUUUGGGUAACAGAAGUUCCGGCUCUCAGAUGUAAAAAGCCAUGCUAAGAAACAAACUGUAAGUGGUGAAGUCAAUGUGGACACUUAGUUUAAAAGUAUGUGUAUGAUUUUUCUCUCCUGUGUUCUAAAACUGUCAUCAAGGCUUUGGGCCUCAGCGCUGUGGACCCCUCCUUCCUCUGGGCACAGAAGUGACUGGCGAGCUGGUCACGCUGGUUCUCCGCCUGCAUCUUUGUCCAGAAGACACCACACACACACAGUGAGCGCGUGCUUUCAUUCCUGGGUGAAGGAGCGCUGCAUCAUUUUAUUGCAGUUUACACCUUGGACUCCAAGGCAUCUGCUCAUUCUCCGCAGGCCUUUGGUGUUGAAGGGAACCUGUGUUAUCACUACUUCCCUGCCUGUUAGGACCACUGCCAUUUUGAUGUAGAGAUGAUUUUCAAGCUAUUUAACAAUUGGUACAGGGCAGACGCAAGCCACGCAGAGCAGAUAUCCUUUGUAAAAUAGUAGCAGGCAUUGCUGUUCAGUGCGUGGUGGAUGAAUGAAUGCCUCGCUGCUCUCAAAUCCUAAAAUGACAUCCUCUCAAAUAUAGGUAUUGUUCCUGGUUUGGAUGAUCUCUGCACAUGAGAGAUCUCUGUUGUGUCUCAGCAGCAGCCCUGGCUUGCUCUCAGGGACUACACACUGGAACAGGCAGGUGUCACAGAAAUCAGUGGGCUUUAUAGUCUCUGUGAGCCAAAUUCCAGAGCGCAUCACUUCAGGACAGAUCUAACAGUUGUAGCCCUUACCAGCUCAGAAGGAUUCAGAAGCGGCCUAUCAGUGGGAAAACGUUCUUGGUAACUUUCCACCCCUCCAGCUACUUCCUCGAACCUGUGUCUUCUCCAUUGCGUUAGUCCCCUGGGAACACCCCCGUCUUUUUCCUCCUGUGUUCCCAUGCAACCGUGUGUGUGUGUGUGUGUGUGUGUGUGUGUGUGUGUGUGUGUGUGUGUGUAGGGAAAUUGGUGACUACUUCCUCCACUGCUCUGGCCUCAGUGCGCCUGAGAGGCGUGUAACAGUGAGGAGCCCAUCCUGCAAGGAAGCCAGUGACAGUGUCCCCGAGGGAAAUGCCUCUUUCCAAGCACUGGUUCUUGAGUUGCCCUCUACGUGUUUAGCUCCUGGAAGGUGGGGACUGCCUUUGUUAGCUCUGAGCAGCGCAGCUAUGGGACCUCUGAUUUUCUUUUCUCAUGCCAACAUUUGCUGGGACCAGAGAAGUGAUCACCUCUUCUAUGACAAGGGUAGCUUCUUGAGUGUUGCCAGCCAAUGUCCUGACAUCCUGGUGAUGUCAACUGGUGAUGUGAACAGAGUGAGUGGGGGGAUGCUGAGGUUCAAGAACACGUUGGUAGUGAAGCCUUGACUCUGAAGGAAAAGAUGUGGGUUUCCUAAGUGGCCAGGUUGCUUCCUGAUGACUACCAGGGAAGGGCUGCUCUAGGAGAGGGUGAAGACCUGAAGAGAUACACUGUGCAGUUGCCUGUGGUGUUUGGUUGUGUAAUACACGUGCAACUUGGGAGGGGUCAGGAGGCUCUGGGCUUUGCCACUCACAGCCCCAUCCCAGGUCUCCUUAAUUCAUAAAACUUGCCUUCAUGGGGGAGGGAAAGUGAGCCAUAGCUUCCCAAAGACAAUGUGAAUAGUUGUAAUUUCUCUUUGUUGGUGAUGGAACAGACUUUUAAAUUACUUAAAAAUGUUGAAUAAAGAUCUGGCAUUGACUAAGUCCCUGACUUGCCCUCAGGCUGGGGUGCUGAUGGCCGCAGCCUUCCAGUCUCCCCUCUGGAGAGUCAGUCCAUGGUUUACGAUCAUCCAAAAAGGACAAUUCAUUCCACUUUCUCCUCCACCUGCUCAGCUCUCCAGACUCCCUUCUUAGUCAGGGAAGCGGUGAUUGUCCUUGUGUCCUCUCUAGUGAUCCUGAAGCACAGGGCUAGCUAGGAUCUAGGCCCCAGGGUUUCCUUAGUCUUUAAUGAGCAUCAGAGACAUCAUGUCACACGUGUCCCCUCAGACUUUACAGUGUCUCUGAAGGUCUUUUGCAAGAGUGACAGUACCUCCUAGGAAUUUUAAUUUGACUUUAACUGUGUGUGUGAGGGUGUUUGCCUACAUGUAUGUCUUUGUACCAUGUGUGUGCCUGGUGCUGAAGAGAACAGAGGGGGCACCGGAUCUCCUACAAUCGAAUUUAUAGACAGUUGUGAACUGCCAUGUAGGUACUGGGCAUUGAACCUGGGUCCAUCUCUUAACUGUUGAACCAUGUCCUCAGCUCCCAGGGCUCUGUGGGGUCGAGCCAGUUUGUCCCUCGUCUCUCCCAGACUCUCCUUCAAGUUUCCAAGCCCAUCCUUGUUGGACAUUCACAGGCCCUGCACUGAAUUUUCUCCGCCAUCUUGACUUUCUCUUGGUGGAAAUCUUUUAGCCGGCCCUGGCUGGUCAGGUGAGACUUCACCCACGCUCUUGCCUGUUCUGCCUCAGCUUUCCAAGAACUCUCUCUCCUUCAGCUCUUCUGGCCAUUGUUCAAGUUGCCUCUGAGGAAAGAGUCAUAAUCAGAGCUCCUGACAGCGCCACCAGUUGAGGUGGUGAGGGCUUUGAGUUCAGGGGCUGCUGACACCUCUCGGGCCUGGAUGGUUAUGUUCUGGACUGGAUGGUUAUGUUCUGGACUGGAUGGUUAUGUUCUGGACUGGAUGGUUAUGUUCGGGACUGGAUGGUUAUGUUCUGGACUGGAUGGUUAUGUUCUGGACUGGAUGGUUAUGUUCUGGACUGGAUGGUUAUGUUCGGGACUGGAUGGUUAUGCUCUGGACUGGAUGGUUAUGCUCUGACAUGACAUGUUGGGGAGGGACUAAGCAUUUUUAAGCUCCCAUGUUCAUAUGUAUUGUUCUACAUUCAUUGUAAACAGAAAAACAUUCAAAAUUCAAACAGAAGCAAGUUUUCUGCUUUGACUAUUUUUAAGUGACUCUUGGUGACCCCUCUGACACUCUUGCUCUGUGAGAUGGUUUCUCACUGUGUAGACCAAGCUAGUCUUGAGCCUGCAGCUGAUUUCCUGCCUCCCGAGUGCUGGGGUUCCAAGCAUGUGCCACCAUACUUGGCUUGCUCUUGGUCUCUCUUAGCAUUAAUUAUAGAGAAUGGAUGGCUGACUCAGUUACAUUUUUUUCUUCAGUUACCUUUUUUGUGGCCAGAAAGGAGGAUAAUUUUCAUAAGCAAAGGAGGUGUGAAGUAACUAUCGCUGUUUGGAGUGUGUGAGAGGAAUGGCGUCUUUUCCAUAGCCCUCAGAAGUGAGUCAUCCAUCCAUAGGCAUGAUCCUUUGAGGAGAUUCUGUGCUCAGUAGGAAUGGAAUGGUUUCGGGUCCUUCUGAAGAGAGAGGGAAGAGCACCCUCCCCCAAAUCUAGCCCACGUCCCGCAUUGCAAACACAGAGUGGUUUCCCGAGCUGAUGUUUCUGAGCAGAGGGGGACCCACCCUGCUCCCCUCCCACACCCCUUCCUAAGCCCAGGAGCAGUUGGCUGGCUUGGGCAUUGCUUACAGGCUCCGGGGUGAACUCGGCAGCAGGUUUUUACUUGUGUUGGGACCAGAAGCACUAACCUGAACGUGCAGUCACUCCUUCUGUGAGAGAAGCCACACUCCUUCCUGUCCCUCCCACUCCUGAGGUGCCAGGCCUCCCCUUGUCCCUUGUCUGUCACUGGUUAGAAGUGGCUGAUGGCGUCUGGUGGAAAGCAGGACAACCUUCCACGGAAGGGGCAGCUUGAGGUGCUGGCACAUCUCAUUUUCUGUGUGUUUCUCUCUAGGUCUCAUGUAGAGGCAGAUAUUUUUGUUUUAGAGAUUCCAAAGUCUAUAUUUUUAGUGUAAGAAGUGUACCCUCUCCACACUCCACGGCGUAAAUAGAACUGGGAAUAAAAUGUGUCAUUGUGAUUAUCCCAUAGCAAUAUGUGCUAAAAACAAGACCCCCUUCUGGUCUGUCUGUGACCCGGGCAGGUACCUGUGACAGUCUAUCUCCAGCCCCCUGCCUGCCCACUCCGUGUGUGCUCACCUCUUUGGGUGACAAAUAAAGUCUGUAUAAACUGUU